AGAAGAAGAAGAAGGUGUUGCAUUUGGAGAGAUGGCCUCCACAUCAGGCUCUGAUGUUCCGUCUUGUGCUCCUGACGUGGAGAAAGGCAGGACUCGGCUGUGCGAUGAGUUCGCUGCGGUCGCGGGAACCGACAGCGCCGUGGCUCAGUGUUACCUGGCUGAGAAUGACUGGGAGAUGGAGAGAGCUCUGAACUCGUUCUUUGAAGCAGACAUGGAGAGAAUAUGUGCAGAAGAUUUUGAAGAAAAUAACAGCUCCCCCCAAAAGAAGAGGCAAAAGACUGAGAACACCACCUCCUCAGAUUGCAUCGAUUUAACCAAAGACAGYCCAGCUGUGCAGAAACCCUCCGAUGAAGAUGACAGCAAGCUGUCUCUGAUCUCCUGGAACGUGGACGGACUCGACACAGACAACCUUGCAGAGCGAGCCAGAGGCCUCUGCUCCUAUUUAGUCCUAUACACUCCAGACGUGGUGUUCCUACAGGAGCUAAUCCCACCCUACGUCCAGUACUUAAAGAAACGAGCUGUUAGCUACCUGAUCCUUGAAGCCGGGGAAGAUGGUUACUUCACUGGGAUGAUGCUGAAAAAGUCUCGGGUCAAAUUCUUGGAGAGUGAGAUUGUGAAUUACCCCACAACACAGAUGAUGAGGAAUCUGCUUGUAGCUCAGGUGACUUUUAAAGGCCACAAGUUGUGUCUGAUGACUUCUCACCUUGAAAGCUGUAAGGGCCACGCAGGAGAGCGGAUGAAACAGCUGCAGGUGCUGAUGCAGAGGAUGAAAAAGGCUCCUGAUGACAUCAACAUCCUGUUUGGAGGGGACACAAACCUGAGGGACACCGAGGUGGCCAAAGUGGGCCUGCCUUCCAGCGUCUGUGAUGUGUGGGAGCGYCUGGGCAAACAGGAGCACUGCCGCUACACCUGGGACACCAAAGCUAACAACAACAAAACUGUUCCCUACGUCAGCCGCUGUCGCUUCGAUCGCAUCUACCUCCGCCCAGCCACCAAAGAAGGAGUCCCACACCUGGCCCCUGAUCACCUGGCUCUGGUGGGGCUGGAGAAGCUGGACUGUGGCCGUUACACCAGUGAUCACUGGGGGAUUUACUGCAGCUUCACUGCUGAGUAGAAACCGAAAACAGACCGACGUGCUCCAGUUAAAGUUUCUUUUAACCUGCUGCUUCUCUUUUAUUUAAAACAUGUUCUGAUCUCAGCUGAGGUUUGGUGCCWUCAUGUUUAUCAUUUACUCCUUUUUUAAUUAGACUGUUGAAAUUUGAAGUGCCAGUAAAUAAAUGUUUGAACUGUU